CUGACCAUGGACCGCAUCUUCUUCCCCACCAACACAGUCGAUCCGUCCACGCAGCUACCAAUUUACAUCCUCGACUCGCACUUCCUUCCAUCCACAAAGGACGUGGACUAUGACACGUUUCUACCGUUACUCCUCAAUAGCAUUCCCAACUUCACAGCGUCCCGGUACUGUUUAGUGUUUUUUAGCGGCGCGCUCUCAUCCAACGAACACAUCAGCUGGGUGUACGGUAUCAAGUUUUUCAAACAGUUGACCAGUCUUCAGAUGCGUUCGUGCGCAAAGAUCUACAUCGUACACGAGUCCUGGUGGAUCAAGACGGUGGCCAAUCUCUUGGGGAAUCUCAACGCUGUGAACACUUCCUCAAAGAGGCUCAUUUCCUUCACGAACCAGUUCCGCAGCGGCGAGAGCCUCGAGGUACCUCCCGAAAACCAGUUUGUCCAUUGCGAAUCAAUCUCGGCGCUUUCCCAGCAUAUCAACAUCACCCAGAUAAAGAUCUCACUCGUAGUGUACAAGCACGAU